AUAAUAAAACAAGAUGGUCGAAAGUUUCGUCAGUCCGCGAGAACUCUUCGCUGCGUCACAAUUUUCGAGGGAAUAAUUAUACGCGUUCGUGAGAAGUUUUUCACCGGUUUUAAUAAGCGACCAAGUACCUUGAUUAUCAUUGCGAAAUGCUGUGAAAGUGUUGUCAGUUGAUGAUAAGCGAGAAAAAUCGCUUGAAAUGGCGCCGACGCGUGUUAUUUUGAUGUCAUGCGGGAGCUACAAUCCCCCAACCAAUAUGCACUUACGAAUGUUUGAAAUAGCCCGGGAUCAUCUUCAUCGAAUGGGAACGCACAUCGUUGUCGGAGCAGUCAUUUCUCCUACUCACGAUGAUUAUCCGAAAAAGGAACUGGCAAGUGCUGAGCACAGAUGUGCCAUGCUCAAACUGGCGACAGAGAACAGCGAUUGGAUACGGGUCAGCACAUGGGAAGCCAGACAAAACGGGUGGACCAAAACGAGACUGAGUCUCCAACAUCACCAAAAUUUACUUAACGCGGUCCUUCUUGAUUCUAAUGACUCGAAGUAUCGCUCAGACACGGAAGACACCAAUUGGAUACCAGAAAAUGUUAAAAACAGCAGUGACAGAACUCCCAUACAAAUUAAAUUAUUGUGUGGCGCUGAUCUGUUGGAAAGUUUUGGAACCCCAGGUUUAUGGGCAGAUGAAGAUAUCGACGCAAUUGUAGGACAGCAUGGACUUGUGGUAAUAACCAGAGAAGGUUCCAACCCAAACAAAUUCAUCUAUGACUCUGAUAUUCUCUCGAAAUAUAUGCACAAUAUUCACAUAGUCACAGAAUGGAUACCGAACGAAGUGAGUUCGACGAAGAUAAGACGAGCUCUGAAACGCGCCGAGAGCGUGAGAUAUCUCGUGCAAGAUUCCGUCAUCGAAUACAUCUACAAACACGGGAUUUACGAUGCAAAGACUGUUUCGAUAAUUAAGUUGGAACUGUCUACGAAAAAUGAUAAUGAUUUUUUGUGCAUACAACCAAAGUACGAGAGCACUUUUUUGACACCAUCGCCGAGCGAUGUUACAAUGACAACGCCGAGCCCGGUCGAGAUAAUAUCGAUCGAUAUAUCGGAAUCGGUGCUGAAGAAGAAUUUUCACAAUACCCCGAUGAACGGGAGAACUAUUUUAACGAGCUCAACGUCUGACGAUAACGAGCGCAUACGCGACAAAUUUAACAACGCGAUUACCGAGAACGUUAAUAGAGUUUUAGGAUGUAACAAAGUUUCUUACCCGGGUCAGGCUAAGCAGAUUAUCGCCAACGAGUCCGGGGAAUCUCAAAUUUUUUGUGAGGUAGGUUUGAAUUGUAUUCGCGAGAAUUACAAGAUCGAAAUGGAGAUCGAUGGUAAGGUCGAUCACGUUGUGGCAAAGGACGAUUCACCAUCGAAUUCGAAAUGUAAAAUUGAUGCGAAGGAAGCGGAGAACGACGGGGCGAUACUGAGUGAAGAACUAGCGAUAAUAAGUGACGCUCUGGAGGUCCUCAAAUCAUCCGAACAAGAAUUGACUCCUGACGAUUCGGAUAGCAAAAUAUCGGUGAUUCUCUCCAUCGACGUUGUCGAUUCGUCCACUUUGGAAAACAAACACAAACGCUCGAAAGACGAAUCUGCCGAUCAGGAAAUUCCAUUUGAAAAAAAUUCCAACGAGAUUGAAGAUAAUGGAGCGGUGAGCACUGUUAGUUGCGACGACGAAAUAACCAUUACUACAUCGUGUAAAGAUCGGGACGAUAAGGAAGAAGAAAAGUCUGAGACAAUUGUCGAAUCCCCGAGGAUUUACGGUGCAAACGAAGCUGCAGAAAAUUUUGCACCACCAACGGACAACGUUCAGGAUCAACCGGAGAUAGAUUUUCCGAUCGAAAGGAUCGAAAAAAAACCCGUCGAGAAGAGCUCAAAAUCGAUGGACGAACGCGAUUCUUCGAAUCGAGGAUCAACGAUCGAAGAACUCUCCCAAAAGCAUGAAAGUAACAUCGAGAUCGAUGGAAAGUAUAUAAAAUCCGUGGUAAAUUCGCGGAAAAGUCCAAAAAAAUUGAAAAAUGAAGAUAUUUUGGCAGUAACAUCCGACGAUUCGAAAUCGUCUGGAGAAAAAUCGAAUGGGGAAAUCCAAUCGAAGAAAAGUUCGAUCGAACGUAUAAAUACGGUAGGAACGGGACGUAAACGUGGAGUCGUAUUUCAGGGUAGUUUGGACUCGAUAAACGUAAAACAGCCGAAAUCAUCGUCGAUAAUAAACAGUCAGAAUCAUCCGGCGAUAUCGAAAAAGUCAAAAAGUUACGAAUCUAUAAAACCUACUGAAAUUCAACCGACGUUGAUUUAUAAUAUUUCUUUGGACGGAUCGAAGGAUGAGAACGUAGCGAGUUCUUGUGACGACACGUCGAAACUCAGGACCGACAGUAUGUCGAUAUUCACAACGGCGAAUGAGCCUCAGGAGAGUGGGCAAACGGACGAGUUUUGCUCAGUCUGCUGUUACGCGAACGAGCCAUCGUCAACCGACGCUUUUUACACAUUGAGAUCGACCGGGAGCUCGCCUUUGGAGGAAGCUUCGACGGAAUGUGACAUUUGCAGCAAUUGCGACCUCCGCGAGGAUCCCGAAGAAGAAACACCCAAAUUCGAAAAGCCAAUACUGCCGGGGGAGCCAGUCUGCGAAUUGUGCGAAAUUUGUGGCGACGCCGCGAUGGACGAAGACGUCGUCGCAUCUUCGCGGCCCGAGAAGGACGAUUUCGUCGAUCGUCGUUUAUCAUCGUCGCGUCCCUUGCCUCUGAGUUUGCCGAAGCGAAAUAAGGGGGUCGUUCGAUUGAACACGAGAACGUUCAACAACAUUGAGAACGACGAUGAGGAGGAUGACGAAGACGAUGACGCGGAUCGCUUCGACAUCGAGGCCUCCGAAAUGAACCGAAAAGUUCUCGACUCUCGGGACAAAGUACAAGCUCUUCUAGAAAAAGCUGUCGACCGAAACUCCACUGACGACACGAACAGCAACGACGACGAAUUCGAAAUCGAGAACUGCGGCCUCGACGCCGAGCUCGACCGAGAUCUCGGCAACGAAGAGAACUCGCGCUAUAGAAACGAGGUCGAGGACACUUUGAGAAACAUUGUUCCCCGCGACGAAAUUGCCAUUUCAGCAAAAAACUCAAAGAAAAUGACUCGUACAGGAUCUCUCGUGAAUCGCGACACGAUCGAUCGCACCAGAGCCAAAAGACGGUAUUCGUCGGUCGAUAAUCUCCAGAACUCGCGUCAAAUCGUCAAAUCAACCAUAGAAAAACCGAAUUCACUGAGACCUCGCGGUGUUGGUAGAGGCAUCGUCGGGUCCGCUGACAAUAUCCGGCCCACCAGGAGUUCUCGGAGUCGCACUACCCUCCGCAAAUCCGCCGACGACGUUGCGCGUGGUUAUCACUCACCCCUGGACGAUACCCACGAAUCUCCUCUCUACGAAAAUAUCGGGAGGAAAAAAUUCGGCAAGGAACAAAAGCCACGGGACAGUGGUACCAUCAAAAUGAUCCUCACCAAACACGGUAUCAAAAUCAUAAGCGACAAAGAGACCGCUUUAUAGCUGAGGGUUUACUCGGAGAUGCUCUAGGAAAGGGAUUCCGACGAGAAGAGCUCCGUCAGUAGUCCAAGCUCUCAAACGUCACAAAACACGUUGCUAUGCGUGAUAAACGUCAAGCCCAAAGAAAUCAAUACUAAAGAUGCGGAGUGAACGAAAAACAACGAAGAAUCAGAAUCAUAUUGAAGUUUACACGGUUGAAAAGUAACGAAAAAUCUUGUCUCGUCAACCAGUUUUUUAUCCAACUCGUCCGCCGACGUUUUUGCAGAUUGUGGGUUGACGAAGGGAAUCGAUCAUGGGAUCGUAAUUCUGCAAAUUGAUUUUCGACACUAAUUAUAAGAGGCGUUCCGUUGUGUUCCAACGACGCUAAUUUCGAUAUCGCUCGUCUCAUAGUAAGACUCGAGCAGCUUGCCGAACCGAUAAAGUCGAGAUGAAAAAUCGUUGAGAAUAACAUUGUGAUGAAAACUUCCUAAGGACGUUGCCAAAAUGGAAAUAUGCCCAUGAAUAUUAAUAAACGAUAUCGAAUUAUUUCCAAA